AUGGUUUUGGAAGCUGGUUCAAAUCCGAUAGAAACAAUCAAACACCCUGGGGAAUUCGACACAAUGUUGAAAACAGUUUUAUAUCCUAAAGAUUUCGAUUCAGUCUCAGGUUGGAUACCCGAUGUUGGUGAUGGAAGUGUUUUAAAAGAACCGGUAAGAAAUGUUGCAAAUGAUGCUGAUUUAGCUAGAGUGAGAGUUGUUGCUCGAAACACAAUAGAAAGUGUAGCACGAGCAGCUAAUCAUGGAUUUGAAAAACGAGUACUUCAGUACAAUAAUAUUGUUGAGAAUAAUAUGUGGGGUAAUUACUUAAAUUGGAAAUUAUAUCCUUUAUUCGGUCUGUUCGAACAUAAAAAAGUUUCCAUAGGGUUACCAUAUAUAAUUCAUCUACAAAGAGAAAUCAACGAUGAUAAGAUAUUUUUUGGAGAGAAUGGUUCAGAUGCAAAAUUAGAAAUAACGAAUCUCCAACUUUUCAUACCCGUAAUAAAACCAUCAAUUGAAGUAGAAACGAGAACAUUCAACUCGUUAACUAAAGAUAUUGAAAUAGCAUCGUAA